UGUGAAUUAAGGUGGGUUGGUUAGUGGCCCGUCGGCCGUGAGACGAGGAGGGUGUGUGUGUGUGUGUUACUGUCUACCUGGACUUGCCUUCCAUAUUACGCAAACUGGUUUAUAUUGGUUUCUGGUUCAACUGCGAGCGCAGGCAGACGUGUGUUGUGUGUGGAGGAGUACUUGUCGCGUGACCUCGUGUGACCUGACGCUGCCGGUCACCAUGGCCAACCAACACCACAGUCACCCCUCGCCCGACUCCAGUCACCUUCAAGGGAGUGGCGGUGGCGGCGGGGACUUUCUCGACUCUUUCUUCGACACCGUGGACGCCGGCAAGCAGACUCAGCUGCUGGAGAUGCUGCACGUGCCAUUGCUGCACGGAGGAGUGCAGGAGGUGCUGCUGUUCACCAGCUUCACCACCUCCACCGCUGCCUCCUUCACCCUCGCCUGCUUCCUGCUCGCCCUCUGCUCUGGCCUCCUCGAGAUGCUGCGACUCCUAACGUGGUGGGUGGAGAGGCGGUACACGGGUGAGGAGCAGGGCGCCCCACGCCAGGACGCCUGCGCCUGUAAACACUGUACAAGCCUAACCAUACCCGUUACAGGUGAGGGCGAGCGGAAGAACUACGAUGCCAUCCACGACGACGACAUGGGCGCGAGGCCGGCCUCCACCACACCUCUCACCUCACCUGCCUCACAACACUCCCGUCGCACCAGGCACAUAUAUUGGGUGUUUGUGGGCUUCCUACACUUUUUAAUAUAUGUGAUCGCUACGCUGUUGAUGCUCGUAGCCAUGACCAUGAACAUUUACCUUAUCAUAUCCAUGGGAGCGGGAGCGGCCGCUGGCAAGAUGAUCACCAUCUGUGUCCGAAGGCGUCUAGCGUAUACAUGACAUGAGGCUGCUGGCUCAGGUGGAAACAUGGACCAAGGGGCACUGGCAGGCUUCCAUGUUCCACACUUUCCUGAUAAAAGUAUUUUAUCUUUGCAAGCGACAUCGUCAUACGACCAACUGCAGGUGGACACCGCCAACUUUAGAAGUGAUUUGCCCUAUGCCUCUACUUCAUUUCAAGAGAAAACCCACUUAUGAGCAAUUAUGAAGUUUGUGAAAGCCAUAUGCAUACCAUUAUUUUUAUAAAUUGUAAUCCUGUGCUGCAGUAAUAGUUAAUGGCGUGGUGCAGUGUGAAGUGUGUCGUCGGUACAGCCACUCUUCUCUUGUGCAAAUCUUAACAAUAAUCUUUACUUCAGAAUGCUUAAUAGAAUUGUAUGUUUAGGUGUCUUUCCAUCACCACUGUACUUACAUGACCUAUAUUGUUUGUGACGAAUACAUUUGAUGUAACUGGAUGUUUAUAAUAUCUAGGAUGACCCACAUAUUCCAUGUAAGACGACCAACAUUCAGUUUAAGAUAGAUCACAUCAUUAUUAAAGUCACGUCUUAAUGUGACUUUAAAUAGUCCUCUUAAUUGACCUAAAAUAAUCCAGUUAAUCCAAUGUCAGUACCUGUGAGUAUCCUAACUUUGGUAGUACACAUGGAUAUAUCCAUGUAUCACCACAACUAGUUACUGUGAAGUUAUGUAUGUAAUAUAGUAAAGAUUUACAUUGCAUUAUUUUGUCAGUCUUUAAAUUGUUUCUGAUAUAUAAUUAUUUUAUCUAUUUUGUAUUAUAGAUUACUAUAUAUGGUUAAUGUUAUUAGUACAAUAACACGUUCAAAGAUCUUUUACAACUAUUUAUUAUGAUGAGGAAAACAAACUGAAAGUUUUUUUGGUAGUUAUCAUUAACAAAAUAUAAUCAAGUUACUCUUCAGUGUAACUUCAGUUCAAUGCAGUCUUGUGAAAAAAUGUACUAUUCUAACUCAUCAACUGAUGGCCUGGUUAGUGUUGAAACAUCUUAGGCUACUAACGUAGGAGUAAACAUACUCCACACAGACUUAAAAUAAUCUACUCAAAUUAAGAUAUCCACAGUAAUAGACUUAACUUUCAUGGUCAAACUAACUUCAUAAAUAUAGCUGACUGAAACAUGGCACACAACAUAAUACUGCAAUCUCAAUGAAUUUAUGCUCAUAGUUUUUUAGUACAGCAUAAAAAUGUGGUGCAGGUUAAUGGCAGGAGUAAGCAUCAGUACUACGGAAAACACAUCCCCUGAUUUUAUUUCAGACUUCAUGAAAAUUGCAGGGAGGAGGAGGGGGGGGAUUAAGAUGUUAAUAUUUCUUAAAAACAUGGCACUUUGGCUAACCCAGACUGGCCUAGGAUACAUAGCCCCCCCCCCCCAUGGUUCAUGUUAGAAAAGUGGGUGAGGCUUGCCCCAUGCAUCUGCUUUAGAGACAGACAAACAGACAUUCUAUUAUAUAGAUAUACUGCAGAUGUAAAUGAGCAAGACUAAAAUAAAGAAGAAAAAAAUUUUUUGUGGGGAAAUUACUUGAUGACAAGCAUCCAUAUUUUUUCGUGCCUCCCCCCCCCCCCCCCCCCCCCCCCCUCUUCCCUUGUAAUUUAAUUUUUUCUAGAUAAAUCGAAUUUUGGAUGGGAAAUCUGGCGGACAUAUUUGACCAUUGUUGACCAUUGACCGUUUGGUAAACGGAGGACUGGAGUUUUGAGAGAGCAGUAAAAGCAGUGUACACUUUACCAACAAUACAUGCUCACUUAACGUAACUCAUGUUCCUCAACCAAAGGUGAUCUCAGGCAGGUUUCAAAUUUAACAUUAGGAAAUCCUUUGCAAAAAGUAUUACUGUAAAUUUACUACAGAGCUGAGAAAAGAAUUCAAACUGAUAAUCAAGUGCUCUUUGUAUCGACAAAAGCCACUUAGUUCAGGGGAACUCAAAACCCUCAAGACAUUACUCACCUUUAAUUAACUAAUCAGUUUGACAAAGUGGUCUUUAUGUAUAAACACUUUGAACUUUCUUCUCUGUAGUACCUAGCAUUGCAAAAUACAGCUGCUUUGGUUCAGAAUAUUAUUUGUGUUUGCUAUUGUUUAAUUGUUAUAAUCAGAACCUUCAGUAAUUUUUAACACUGGCUUAAACAUAUGCUUCUAAUUAUCUUUAAUGCACAUACCAGCAUAAUGCAUUUUGAUAUAAAAUUUAAAAAACAAAUAAUGCAUAGCCAUUUGCUCUGAAAAUAAUUAACAUUUAUAUUUUGAAAUAAAGAUAAAUGAAACAAAUAGUGAUUUUUUAUCAUAUAUUAAAAAAUAGCGUAGUAAAAUAUAUAUAUGGCAGAAUAUAUAGAGUAUUGCACAUUAUAGGUUGGUUAAGACAAACACAAGUGGAAUAUUAUUAAUGUUCAGCUGGCAUCCCUCGUUCCAAGCUUGGUGCCUUCCUCUCAUUACCUUCUCUUCCUCAGCUGUCCACCAAGACUAUGUCUGGUGGACACUCUUCUUUUUCUAGUCUUACCAAACCUCUGCUGUCUUCAUGAUCUUGCUAGAAAUUCAUAGACGUCUCCACCCUCUGUCAAGACCAUCCAUAUCUCCUCUGCGAACGUUUUGUCCCUCUUCAGUUAAUACCACUUGAACACAUCUUUUUUUCUAGACCUCUUUCAUCCUAUUUCUCAAGGACACCUCCCAUCCAUGACCUCUCCCAUCCUACUAGUUGAGGGAUGGCCAAACCGCGGCUCACGAUCCACAUGCAGCUCUGACCUUUCAUAUACACUGCAUGAACUAUUCUAAAGAAUUCGAAUGUUCUAGAAAUUUUGACCCGAAUCCAGAGCAAGAAACGUGUGGCUAUGUAGAGUUCCAAUAACUACCGAAGGGAGUUCAGCAUAAGUGCAGACAUUGAACUGUGCUGACCUAGCUUGCACAUUUAUAAAUCUUUAAGUGCACUAUACACCAUAUAAAUAUAGUAUAGUACACUAUACUAUAUAGUAAACUAUAUAAAUCUUAUUUAAAGUGUAUCUGAAAACUUUGUGAAGGCUUCACCAAAUUGUAAGAAACGAAAAUAUGAAAAUAAUAACAGAAAUAUUCAGCCAGAGUGACAGGAAGAGUUGCAUUCACAGUUAAAGGAGGUAAACUUUUGUGCUUUAUCUGCCAAGUGCCACUUAGUCAUUACAAAGCCGGUAACGUGUAAGGCUGAUAUUUGUAGCAUUGUAUUUUUGUCAUAAAAAUGUAAUUAUAACUAUUUUUGUAAGGUGGAGAUCUGAUUAAAAUAUAUCUAAUUUGU